AUGCAAGCUUACGCCACGGGAAAGCAGGACGGGGAGAAGAGCUGGGUUGAGAUCGCCUCCGAGGCCGCGGGCGUUGCAAAGUCUGUUUUCGACAAAGUCAAGUCGGGCGCCUCGGCCGCCCUCCAGGCCGUCACUAAACCCAAGGACGCCGCGGCCCCCUCGGACCGCCGCCAGGAGCAGUGGGGCCGAGCACCCCUCCAACAGCAACAGCAGCAGCAGCAGUCGCCGCUCGCGCCACUCUUCGGGGACGGCCUGCUCGGCCGCGCGGUCGGCGGGCUGGUCGCCAGCGCGGUCAAGGGGCUGGGCGAGCAGAUGGAGCGGCAGGCGCGCGAGGCGCAGGGGCUGUACGAGGACGCGGCGGCCGCCAUCCGCGCCAGCCCCGAGGUCGCCGCGCGGAUGGGCGGCGCGGUCACAGUGGGCCCCGCGAUCAGCCAGUCGAGCAGCAGCAGCAGCGUCAACGGGCGGGUCACCAAGCGCGUCUCAUUGAUCCUGCCCGUCACAGGCCCCGGCAGGAGCAUGGCGCAGGCGCAGGUGGUCAGCUCUGAGGGGCCCGGCACAGUCAGCACCACAGACAUAGUGGUCGUGCUGCCAGGGGGUGACAGCAUCAGGGUCGCAGGCGGCAGGGGCGGCGGCGGCCGCCCGGGCGCGUACCAGCAGGGUGGUGUGGUCAUCGACGCCGAAUUCCAAGACAUUUCGGGGCGGCCCUGA